AUUGUAUUUACGUCGUUCCUGCGGUAGACAGGUACGGACAGGCUUCUGAAAUGCCGGAACCAGCUAAAUCCGCUCCAGCGCCCAAGAAGGGCUCCAAGAAAGCCGUCACCAAGACUCAGAAGAAGGGGGACAAGAAACGUAGAAAGACUAGGAAGGAGAGCUACUCGAUCUACGUGUACAAGGUGCUGAAGCAGGUGCACCCCGACACCGGCAUCUCGUCCAAGGCCAUGGGCAUCAUGAACUCCUUCGUCAACGACAUCUUCGAGCGCAUCGCCGGCGAGGCCUCGCGCCUGGCGCACUACAACAAGCGCUCCACCAUCACGUCGCGGGAGAUCCAGACGGCCGUGCGGCUGCUGCUGCCCGGCGAGCUGGCCAAGCACGCCGUGUCCGAGGGCACCAAGGCUGUCACCAAGUACACCAGCUCCAAGUAAAUCUCGGUUUGAAAAAUCGUCUAAUUCAAAGGCUCUUUUAAGAGCCACCCACAUAUUCAGUAAAAGAGUCGUUCACACUGA